UCCCUCCUCCCAGUCCGCAGGGGCAGCGGGGCCGGGGGGGUGUCCCAUCUCUGCGGGGGCCAUGCCGGGUGUCGGGGUGCUCCCCAGCCCCAGCGAGGCUCUGCCGGGCAGAGCGCGGAGGCUGCCAGUAGCAGCCACCCAUGCUGUCAACGGGAACCCCAUGGUCCCGCCGUUCCCAGCGGAGAUGCAGAUGGCAAUUUUUGGCAUGGGGUGCUUCUGGGGAGCAGAGCCGCUCUUCUGGGAGAUGCCAGGGGUCUUCUCCACCCAGGUGGGCUACGCAGGAGGCUUCACCCCCAACCCCACCUACGAAGAAGUGCGCACAGGGCUGACAGGGCACGCUGAGGUGGUGAGGGUCGUCUUCGAUCCCCGGAAGAUCAGCUACGAGGAGCUUCUCAAAGUUUUCUGGGAAAACCACGACCCCACACAAGGCAUGCAGCAGCAGGAGGACCUGGGCACCCAGUACCGGUCCGUCAUCUUCACACUGGGCCCCCAGCAGCAGGCAGCUGCCCUCCGCAGCAAGGCGGCUUUCCAGCAGGAGCUGAGGGAGCGGCGGUGGGGGGACAUCACCACUGCCAUCGAGCCGGCCGGUGACUUCUACUACGCCGAGGACGGCCACCAGCAGUACCUGCACAAGGUGCCCGGGGGCUCCUGCGGCCUCAAGGGCACCGGUGUCACCUGCCCCAUCACACCCUGAGGGGGCACCUCGUGUCCCCUGGCUUGUCCCCAUGUCCCCGGCAUGGCAGGCGGGGUGGGCACAGCAGCCAGCCCCACGCGUCACGGCCAGCCCCCCCCCCCCAGCUCCCACAGUCCCCACUGCCCCAGCAGGAUUAAAGCCAUG